GUGGCUGGGAUUUGAACUCACGACCUUCGGAUCCAAAGUCCAAUGCUUUAACCACUAAGCUACAACCUAGAAUGAAUAUAAAUCCCCCUUUUAAUUCAAUAUCUAACAAUAUAUAAAAUCUGAACCUUCAAAAUGUUUUUUUGUGAAAUGACAAAUAAAUAAAAUAAAAAUUUUAGAGAUUUCUAUUUACUAUUCAUUGAAUGUCAUACAAUUUAUUUUGAUUUCAAGGCCAGGCAUUUACAAUCAUUUUGGUAUUGCUCCAUUUAUAAUGGUUUAUUCUAACCUAAAUACACACAUACACACACACACACACACACACACACACACGCCCCCUCCACACACACACAUAUAAUAAUAUCUGCCUUUGCGCAGAAGUGACCAUCAUCCAUCCACUUUAGCGUAAAAACCUGAUUACUUGUGUUUUUCUGGGACAUAUAAAUUCAGGGCUGAGGAUGAUGACUGGCUCCCUUUGAGUCUGGUUCCUCUUACGGUUUCUUCCUCAUGAAGUCUCAAGAUGUUUUUCCCUCACCAUCGUUACCUCUGGGAACCCUAGAGAGCGAAACGUGCUGUUCUCUCAGAGGAAUGGCAGAAUUUCUCUCUCUUAUCAGUUACAGUUAUAAGAUCAAGGUGGAAAAUCCAACCUGAAAAAAUCCCAGGAUGGACCUGAGGGCAUUUUCGAGUGGUUUAUUUUCACGACAUUCAAUUAAUAGAUCGGUUUGUUGAGAUUGAUGAAUAAACAUGGACAAUGAUGUGACAUGCUUAAGUAAUUAAUAUGUCAAAUAAAAUCUAUGAUACAAUAUGAAGCAGAGGGGUUUGAAUGUGGUAAAUAUAAAGCAACACACACACACACACACACACACACACACACACAUAUGCGAAUGACAUCUGAAAUCCUUGACACAUCUGAGACACACAACUCGUUAGGAGAAACAACAGACAUAGACAGCUUAUUAAAACAAUAUUGAAUACAACUCAUACAAAACGUGUGUGUGUGUGUUUGUGUGUUUGUGUGUGUGUCCAUCUUCUAUGGCACUCUAAAAACACUCAAAUGGAGUGUACGGGAAACAAAUAGUAUGCCACCAGCGUGUAAAUAAAGCCAGCAGGGUAAUUGUGUGGCUGGGCAGUAAAUGGCCGAGAUAAGAGAAUUCACAUUAAUGCAGUGUCAAAAAGAGGAGUUUCUCUUCUCCGCCGUACUAUCACUCGCUCUAUCUCUUUUCACUCUCUUUCUUUCUCUCUUGCUCUCUUUCUCACUGUCUAUAGAGCAGAAAACAUCAUGGAGAAGAGGAAUGCACACUCAGCCUUCUGUGCUGAUAAUGACAUCAUCUUUUCCUACUGAAAGAGAUAGAGAGAAACAGUCAGAGACAGAGAGAGAGAGAGAGCGAGAGAAAGAAACGAGUGCAACAGCGAAGACCCGAGCGAGAGCAUUAACAAUGGCGGAGGCUCUGACGUUUUCAUCCCUCAGCAUAAUAAGACCUACGGCUGCUUAACAAAUUGAAUCCUCACUGACUGCUGCAUGCCGUGGCCUGAGAAGAAGCUAAAUAUUUAGAGCUGUAGACAAUAUACAAGAAAUCUUGGUGGAUUCAGGUGAUAGGAUGCUUGGUUCAGAUGGAAAGCUUGGUGGGAUGAGAAGUACAAGGUGGAAUCUAAAGCAGUGGAUCAUCUCCAUCCUUACACAUCCAGAGUUCUCAGGGAUGCUUAUGCACACAAAACUUCUGGUUUUCCCAGGAAUGCAUAUGUAGACUUAAUUCAUGGCAAAACAUAUAUCCAGUGUUCCCAGGAACAUUUAUGCACAAUCAGUUUUCCCAAAAAUGCAUAUGCACACUUCAUUCCAGAGAAAGCAUAUGCACACCCAGUUUUCUUAGGAAUGCAUAUUCACACUUUAUUCCUAGAAAUACAUAUGCCCAUCCAGCAUUCCUACUGUAGGUGUGCAAAUGCAUUCCCAGGAUUUAAGUGUCUAUACGUAUUCCCACACCCAGUGUUCCCAGGAAUGCAUAUGCACACCCAGUGUUCCAGGAAAGCAUGUAGACACCAAAUGUUCACAAGAAAGCAUAUACACACCCAGCAUUCCCAGGAAUGCAUAUGCACACUUUUUUUUUCUGGGAAUGCAUAUGCACAAAAAUACUUUUGCACCGCCAGUGUUCCUGAGAAUGCAUAUUCAUCCCCAGUCCUUCUCUCGUUGUAAUACUUGUACACACUUUCUCCUCCCAGCUGUACACACACACGCGCACGCACACGAGCCCAGUGUCAAACUGUUGGGGAUGACACUCGCGCGCUCCCGGUUAACAAGCUCGCGACCUCAGUUCGGCGUGCACGAAGCUCCGCCUCCUCACUCCUCCUUUCUCCUCCUUUCCUCCCGCGCGCGUACCUGUCACUCUGCGGGUUUUUGGGUUUUCUUCCUCUUCACCCCUCUGUGUGUUUUUUUUCGGAGGGGGAACUCCGCUCGUCCCCGUGUCCGCUCUGAGAGUGUGUCAGGUCGGUGUACCUGAGGACCUUCGUUCCGCCUGCUGAGACCAGGAGGAUGCUCGGGGCUGAAAAAGAACGGAUAUGAAACGAUUAUCUCUGUUCAUCUUUAUCUCUUCUUUUUGUGUCUCAAGAAAGUCGGCUGGAAUCUGAAGGCGACGUCUUCAGUCGCAGACAGAUGUCAGUCCCACUCCUGCCCUCGGUCUGAUGCGCUGCACCAAAGCAUGGAGUCCAACCACAACUCUGGGUCUACUAAAUGCAGUCCUACCCAUUCGACCUGAUGGAUUCGCCGAGGCCGAGAUUUCUGUGCAUCAUGUCUGCUGAGAUCCGACCCCACCUCCCGUGGUCCUCUUCCUCGUUCACCUACUCGCUUUUGUGGAAUGAAGACAGCCAGAAGAUCUUGCUGCACUUCCUCAGUGGUCCAGAUGAGGCGUUACAGGACAGGGGUGUAUCCCUUGCUGUUCCCCUCCGUCAUCAACUCGCUUCCGUUGCCGUCUCCACAAGGUUUUCACCCUCCCAGCGGGGCAGGAACACCAUCACCUGUGGCCAUCGAGACACAAAGCAGUAGUUCGGAGGAAUUGGUGCCCAGCCCACCCUCGCCCCUUCCCCCUCCACGCGUCUACAAACCCUGCUUCGUGUGCCAGGACAAAUCCUCUGGGUACCACUAUGGCGUUAGCGCCUGCGAGGGGUGCAAGGGUUUCUUCCGCAGGAGCAUCCAGAAGAACAUGGUGUACACAUGUCACAGGGAUAAGAACUGCAUUAUCAACAAGGUGACGAGGAACCGCUGCCAGUACUGCCGUCUGCAGAAGUGCUUCGCCGUUGGAAUGUCUAAGGAGUCCGUGCGGAAUGACAGAAAUAAAAAGAAGAAGGAAAGUCCAAAGCCGGAGCUGACAGAAACGUAUGAGCUCACCGCUGAGCAGGAGACCAUCAUCGAAAAGAUCCGGAGGGCUCACCAGGAGACAUUCCCGUCUCUCUGCCAGCUUGGCAAAUACACCACGAACUCGAGUGCUGACCACCGUGUGCGUCUGGAUCUGGGUCUGUGGGAUAAGUUCAGCGAGUUGGCCACCAAGUGCAUUAUUAAAAUUGUGGAGUUCGCCAAACGAGUGCCGGGAUUCACCGGACUCACUAUCGCUGAUCAGAUCACUCUGCUCAAAGCCGCCUGCCUGGACAUACUGAUCCUGCGUAUCUGCACACGGUACACCCCCGAUCAGGACACCAUGACCUUCUCGGAUGGUCUGACGCUAAACCGGACGCAGAUGCACAACGCCGGAUUUGGGCCACUCACAGACCUGGUGUUCACCUUUGCCAACCAGCUCCUGCCCAUCGAGAUGGACGACACGGAGACGGGCCUGCUCUCGGCCAUCUGCCUCAUCUCCGGAGACCGUCAAGAUCUGGAGGAACCGUCCAAGGUAGACCAGCUCCAGGAACCCCUUCUCGAAGCGUUAAAGAUCUACGUGAGAAAGCGCAGGCCCAGCAUGCCGCACAUGUUCCCCAAGACCCUCAUGAAGAUCACAGAUCUUCGCAGCAUCAGCGCCAAAGGUGCCGAGCGAGUCAUCUCUCUGAAGAUGGAGAUCCCUGGUUCUAUGCCUCCUCUCAUACAGGAGAUGCUGGAGAACUCCGAGGGCCAGGAUGGACAGAGCUCUUUGGAAAAGAGCAGCUCGGAGGAAAAGAGCAGCUCCGUGGAUCUCAAGUCCACCACGUCGCCCUCACCGGAGCCUAAUUCCUCGUCGAGCGAGGAAACUUAGGAAAAACUCGUCUUUUUCUUGUGCACACCACCACAAGUGGGCCGUCGAUGCAACUACAGAAACUUCACGUGCAACUACAGAAACAAGGACAAAUACGUGCUUUGUACUUGUACGAACAUUCGUACUGUUGAACUUCCAAACCUGCAGCACACUCGGGUGUGUAUGCGAGCACAUUUGUGUGUUAAUGAAUGCCUAACACAGAGGUGAAACUCCUCAGGUCUGCUGUGUAUAAUUUCAUUUUUUUUUUCUGCUAAACCUGCAUGACAGGCGCUUAAUUCGUCCUCCGUUCCAUCCCUCUUUCCCUCCUUCUCUCUCUCCUUCAUUGUAUAGCUUUCGUUCACGUUGGCACGCAUUGUACAUAUCAUCGUAUGAAUACUUAGACCUCUGUAAGAUCCAUUUUGUCGUGUUUAAAAAAUUGUUUUUAUCUUAAUAUAAUUAUUUCAGGAAAGAUUUACCUUUGACCACCAGAGGGCGCCAUACAACGAUCAGCUCCACUUUGAGCUUUUUGUUUUGUUCUGUUUUUAAUGCGUUUUUGCAGCUCAAUUGAAAUGGAGAAGUUUCUUCCCUGGGCAUCUUUCGUUCAAGGCUCUUCGGAGAAAUUCCUUUAAAAAGAAAUACGGCUUUGUAGAAAAGUCCUGGCGUAAAGGCAAUAUGGCAGUCUGAUCUUUUACACACACACACACACACACACACUCCAUAUGUGACUCUAAUUUUUUCUAAGUGGUGAACCCACUUCCAACCCCAGGAAAAAACCCCUGACAGGGAGACAUCCUGAAUGUCCUUUGGUCCAUUACAGGACAUCGUGGACACACAUUCACACCCAGGAGCAUCGUGGACGAGCAUGGUUUUUUUUUUUAGUUUUUUUUUUACGAAGUUCAUGGGAAUACCGGUUUUCCAGAUAAAACCCAGAGAGACUCGUGGAAAACGUUCACCAAACCAGACUUCAGGAUUCAUUCCAGUAACAGUGUUGACGUAUUUUGGGUGGUGAAACAACAGUUUUCACUCCUCGAUCACUUGGAUAAACACACACACACACACACACACACACACACACACACACCUGAUGCAAGAUUCUGAAAUGACAGCAGCACUUAAAAAUUAUUUUCUUUUUAAGCCACAUUCUACGGACAAAAGUUUGUGGACACCUGAGCAUAAGAUCUUUUUUUGAGCUUCCCAUUCCACAUUUAGUUUCCAUUUGCUCUUCUCAGAGGAGUGGAGCUUAAGAUGUUCCACAAGAUUUUCUGCAGAAUGGUUUUUUUUAUUUACGUCAGGUAUUGAUGUCGGAGGAGGUUCUGGGAUGCAGUCAGCCUUCACAUUCAUCCCGAUAGUGUUUAGCGGUUUAUAACACGAGAUCUUCACAUAACGUCCAACUCAUGUAAAGUAUAUCUGCAUUCAGCUGGCUUUGAGGUUAUCUCCUAGUGUCCCACCACGUCCGAAGACAUCCUAUACAAACGGGAGCCUCCAUCUUUGUGGUCACAGUUUGUAGCAGAACCUCAUAUGGCUUGGAAAAGUCAAUACUUUUGCACAUAGCAUGUACUUUUAAUCACAACUUCAGAAACCUUUUGAGAUCUUUCGAGGAAGCUUCACGUAGAAAACUUAGGAAAGCUGAUCGAUAUCUCAACCACAUGUGACUGGAAUUGAAGAUUUUUCCACUUGCACUGAUUUCAAAUGAUUUUGCAUUUUACAGUAUUAAUGUUUUUGUUUUCUUCGAUCACCAAGAUGCCUCUUCGUUCAUCCUCUCUGUCAUACAGCUCAUGAAUGUUAUGUUUCUUCCUCAUGCCUCAGAAGCCUCAGCUCCUAAUCAGAACAUCUCCAUGUAGAAAUGAUGAUCAGCAUAAACAUCUGACAGCCUAAGUAUUUCACAAGGUUCUUCAAAGGUUCAUUCAGUGUCUGGAGAUGCGUGACCUUCCAGACCAUCACGACUGAUUAUCGUGUUUUGGGUGUGACGUUGAAUGUAAUAAACAUGCCGUACUCGUCACUCAAGCACAGGGGUUUAGAUAUUUCUUCUUGGCAGAUGCACACUAUAUGGAUUUGUGGACACCUGAGCAAAUUAUGUCCUCUUUGAACAUUCCACAUUUAAUCCCCAGUUCCUGCUUAACCUCCACUCGCCUUGUCUAAAAAGAUGUUCCACUGAGUGUGUUUGUGAAGAUUCAUAAAAUCAUGUACUGAUGAAGGUGUGAAGAUGAGGAGAUCUGGGGUGCAGUCAACAUUCACAUUCCUCCCAAUAGGGUUUUAGCUCUGUAGCAGGAGAACUUCCAAACCAUGUAAAGCAGAUCUUUAUGGAUCUGGAUUUGUGCACAGGAGCAUCGUCAUGCUCGAACAGGUUUGGGUUUCAUAGUUCAAGUAAAGGGGAAUUAAUUUUUUUUCAAAGGAGGUUUGUGCGCCUCCUACUGGUCACAGUUUGGAAAAGAAUCUCAUUAACUGGAAAAGUCUGGCCACGCCCUGUAAUAAUUAACGAAGCCCUGAGAAUUGAUUUGGUGAUGGACACGUGACACGUGACACGUAUCAUCCCACUGCUCUCCUCUUCAAAACCAACAUUAUGAACAUGAUGCCGAAACACGGUCACUUUUCCGGAUCGUCCGCUAGUUGAUUCUCGAGUCAAAAAUAUCGAAUCGCACGCCUUCGUCAUGUUAUUGGAAAAUUUUGCAGGACCAGACGAACCCUAACGGACUUCUGGACGUGAGCAGGAUGGACGGAAAGACGCGAAACCCUUCCAGAGUUCUCCAUUUUCUUUUUCUGUUUGUACGUUAACCAUGUCCAUAUCCUGUUUACCAUCAUCUCUCUUUGGUGAAUUAAUGAAAAUAUAUUUAUUUUAAAAUAAAGAUGUGCGGAGA